AUGGGUCUGGACGACUCGGUAUCGGAGGAGGAGUUGGUGGCCGCCGUCGCCAGGUCCGGGGGGUGCACUACUGACCAGAUCAGGUCAGGCGCCAUACGCCCGGAUCAACGGGGUAUGCAUGCCGCCACGGUGUGCUGCCCUGUUACGGCGGCCAAAACCAUAGUGGAGGGCCGAAGGCUUCUGGUGGGCUGGGUCUCAGCGCAGGUUAAGCUGCUGGAGCCCAGACCUCUGAGGUGCUACCGCUGUCUCGUGGGGCAUCACGUAUCAGUGAAAUGCGCCUCGGAGGUUGACCGCAGUGGCCUCUGCUUCCGCUGCUGUCAGCCCGGACACAUAUCGGCGACCUGCUGCGCCACGCCGCACUGUGAUGCAUCUGCAACUGCCGCCGCCGCCGUUGUCACUGUCGCCGCCGCCGCAGCCGCUACACCGACGCCUGCAGAGGGGCGCCCCGUGGAGGAAGCUGAAAUGGAAUGCCUAUAA